AGAGAUUGAUCCAAGGCUCUGUCCAGAAUCUUCAGAGCUGUAAAAGGCCCAGCAUGAGCCCAUCAGCUACUGUCAUCAACCAUCAAGCCCUCUUGGCUUGGUCCCUAGCAACGCUAAGGCCUAAUAAGGAGGAGGAGGAGGGACUAGAUACUAGACAGACAGGUAGGCUGUGUCUUAAUUGCUUCAAUAAUUUCGUCCAGGAUCACAGACCCACAGUUGAGGCAUUACUGCAUCAUUGCAUUCGUACACUGCCAUGGAACAGUGGUUUUUUUUCUCUGUUCUUUACAUUGCAUUUUGCCUUAACUCUUUGCUUGUUAGAUUCUGGAGAGAAUGUGAGUUUAAGCAGAGAGAAUCCAGAUAUUUAGAUUGUGAUGAUUGCAGAGAAGCAGAUAAUGAGGGGUAGCGAGGAGGACAAUGGAGCUCAGAGGGAUGGGCCCUUUAAAGCCUGCAACAGUAAUGAGUACCACAGUGCCACUGCACCAAGGAGUAAUGUGUUUCCCCUUGUUUUUACUCUUUUGUGGCUUUUCUUUCUCUCUCUCUAUCUUAAUGAAUGGGUCCAUUCAAAUUCAUCCCCAUCUCUCUGGUCGAUUGUUUAUGUUUUCCAUUCUUUUGGGCUUUUAUUUUUAUGUUCACCACCUCUGCCUGUUUGUGUUUUUGAGCUUUAAAUCUUUUGAUGAAUCUCAGUUUCUUGGGUUUUGGGUUCUUGGAAAAAAUCCCACUUUUCUGUUCAUGCAAAUAAAUUAACCCACUUUAU